ACAAUUGAUAAUUAUUUAAAAAUAUUUGCAGGAUGAAGUGACAAUGAGAGACAGUUUUAUUCAUGUCAGGAUAAACGUGUCUCCGUGAACUAGCUUAGCUUGCCAGCUGCUAACAGAGACCCGGAAGUUAGCAACACAUUGCUAAGCAGAGAUCAAGUGUGAGUGUUAAGUGUUGUGAUUGUGUGAAAUAUGUAAAGUACAAAUGCUGAGAGCGUUGCCGAAUCGGCGACUUGAAGAAAAAUGUGUGUAGUGUGAGAAAGAAUGAUAGCGGAGCACGAGGAGGAACUUUCGCGAACAAAAGAGGAGAACGAGCGACAACGUCAACUACUGGACGCUGUUUUCAAGAAGCCUCUAGUUGUGUUAGCGCAGACGUCAGUGAAGAACAUCUUCCCACUGAGCAGCUGGAGUGGAACUCCAGGAUGGAACAGCCCCCACACAUGAAAGAGGAAGAGGAGGAGCCACAGCACCCUUACAUUAAAGAGGAAGAGGAGGAGCCACAGCACCCCCACAUUAAAGAGGAAGAUGAGGAGCCACAGCACCGUCACAUGAAAAAGGAAGAGGAGGAUCACAGCAUCAGUCAGGAGGGAGAGCAUCUUGGAGGACUGGAGGAGUUCCCAGUGAUUGAUGUCCCUGCGAAGAGUGAAGAUGAUGAAGGUGAAAGUGAGGAGAAGAGAGAGGUGGAGCCUCCAAGCAGCAGCUCAACUCAACACAUGACAACAGAAGCUGAUGGAGACCACUGUGGAGGAUCACAAGCACACAACCUCUUAGCUCCACUAUCAGAUAGUGACGACACAACGUCACACUCUCCGGACACUGAUGAUGAAGACUCUGACGCUGAUAUGACAUGUCACACUGACAACACACGCUGGAAAUGCUCUUUAUGUGACAAAACUUUUGUUAGCAAGGGCAAUCUGAAAAAACACAUGAGACUUCACACAGGAGAGAAACCUUUCACCUGCUCAGUUUGUGGUAAACGAUUCUCUCAGCGGUCACAUUUGAAAGCACACACCAGAAUACACACUGGAGAGAAACCCUUCUCCUGCUCGGUUUGUGGUAAAAAUUUCAUUGAGAAAUCAAAUUUGAAAGUCCACACAAGGUCACACACUGGGGAGAAACGUUUUCCUUGCACCGUUUGUGGUAAAGGAUUCAUUCGUAAUUCACAUUUGAAAAAACACACAAGCAUACACACUGGAGAGAAACCUUUUCCUUGCUCGGUGUGCUGUAAAGGAUUCUAUCAAAGGGGUGAUUUACAAAGACACACAAGAGUACACACUGGAGAGAAACCUUUUUCAUGUUCAGUUUGUGGCAGAAGUUUCUCUCAGAAGAGAACUUUGAUGGGACACAAAAGAACACACACGAGAGAAAGAAACGUUUCUUGUUAAAUGUGUGCGCAGCGAUUCACAAAUAGUACAAACCUGAGUGAACACCUAGAAGCCACACUGGGGAGUAACUUGAAAGUUACUGUAUAUUUAAAGGAUGCAUCCAUUGCAAUUGAUUGCAAAGAACACAAUAAAGGAAGUACAGAUAA